GUUUAAAGAACAGUAGCACUCCUUACUGGAUCGGCCUGCUGCGUGAUGCCUGGCACUGGACUGAUGGAGGAAACUCGACUUACAGAAACUGGGAUUCUAAUGAGCCAAAGCAAAACAAUGGAACUGAUAAACCUGAUUGUGUAGAAAUGAAUGGGAAUGGAAAGUGGUUUAGUGUUCCAUGUGAGAAUGACGCUUUAGCUCUGUGCUACCACACUUCCAUCUACGUGAGCUCAGGGAAGAUGAGCUGGGAGGAAGCGCUGGAUUAUUGCCAGGAGGGGAACAGGUCCAGAAUCCUGCAGGUCCAGUCCAAAACCCAGCAGGGCGACGUGGAGGCGGAGCUCAGGAGGGGGCGUGUCAGUGAGCCCGUGUGGGUGGGGCUUAGACAGAGCGUACUCUUCGGAUUCUGGUUGUGGACCGACGGGGCGACCGCGUUUCCUUACACCAACUGGUACAGAGGGGAACAACCGGAGCAUCAGAACUCCCACCACUGCGGCGCCAUCGACCCUCAGAAAGAUUUCCAAUGGUGCGACAGGGACUGUGAUUCCAAGUUUAGAGUUCUGUGUAGAGUCUGACAAUCUGACCCCCCGUAUACUCAGAUACA